AUGUGUCUCCCUAGGUGUGCUGGUGGAUGGAACAUUAAGAAUAUGGAAGUGUGGAACAAAGCAGCAGUGUGCAAGUUACUGUGGGCCAUCACCAAUAAAAAAGACAAACUAUGGGUGAGGUGGGUGGAUAGUUAUUAUAUGAGAGGCAGGGAUGUUGCUGGUUUCAAAUGUCCAAGUACCAUGUCUUGGUCCCUUAAGAAAAUCUUUGGCUGUUGGCACCUUAUUGAGUCUGUUGGGGGAUGGCAGGCAGUUGUCAAGAAUGGAGCUUUCUCCAUUAAGCUCAUGUAUCAGAAAUUGAAUGGUGUCCAUAACAAGGUUUCAUGGAGAAGAAUUGUGUGCAAUAACAAAGCCACACCUAAGAGUCUGUUUGUGCUUUGGAUGGCUCUGUGGAAUAGAAUGCCCACUCUUGACAGGCUGCUGCAGUGGAAAAUAGUUAAUGUUAACUCCUGUUUGAUGUGUGGAUCAGCUGAGGAGACUGUGGAUCACCUUUUCUUCAAAUGUUCUAUUUCUAGUCAAGUGUGGCAGAAGGUGCUAGCUCUUCUUCAUUUUAGCAGGCCUGCUACUGGUUUUACAGAAGAGAUACAAUGGAUGAUCAAAAGUAGCAAGAGAGGAAGUGGAAGACAUAAACUGCUGCUCAUGUUCUUCUCAGAAUGUACCUACACUCUGUGGCUUAAUAGAAAUAAUAAAUUGUUCAACAACCAUUGUAAAGAAGCUGUUGUCUUGUUUAGAGAGGUUGUAUUUAGAGUGGCUGCUAGAGCUCCUACUGACCUUAGUGAUUUGUUAACUAAGUUAAGCUGUAGGUAG